UUCAAGAUUAACCCAGAGCAUGUUCUGGAUCGGGUUGGGCCAAGCUCCUCCCCGCCCACCCCCUCCACCCCAGGUGCUGGCCCCCAGCCCCACCUGGUGGGCAGCUGACCCCAUAAAAGUCCCCCAAGGAGCAGGAGGCGGCUGUUAGGAAGGGCAGGAGGAUGAGCGCAGAGCAUGGACAGCAGCAGCUCGGGGGCCGGAGGGGCCGUAGUUCCGGCGACAAGAAGUCCAAAAAGCGCAGCCGGCGCAAGGAGACCUACUCGAUGUACAUCUACAAGGUGCUGAAGCAGGUGCACCCUGACAUUGGCAUCUCUUCCAAGGCCAUGAGCAUCAUGAAUUCGUUUGUGAAUGAUGUGUUUGAACGGCUGGCUGGCGAGGCUGCCCGGCUGGCCCAGUACUCGGGCCGAACCACACUGACCUCCCGGGAAGUCCAGACGGCCGUGCGCCUGCUGCUGCCCGGGGAGCUGGCCAAGCACGCCGUGUCCGAGGGCACCAAGGCCGUCACCAAGUACACCAGCUCCAAGUGACCCAGGACCUAACGU